CUUUCCCUGAUGACGUCACAGUUCACAAAUGACUCGCCACAAAAAAAACCGAUAAAAUUCACAAUAAAUUGAUUGCGCAUCGUUUACAGGUUCACAAUCACCUGACUCUAACCUCAAAAAUGGAAUCGUCAACAAAACCCUGGUCUGGGGGCGACAAAAACGGCAACUUGUCGUUUUUCAGUGGUUUGGGGCUAGCAGUGCUAUCGUCGGUGUUCAUCGGCUCGAGUUUUAUCAUAAAAAAAGUGUCUCUGUUGAGGUUAAGUCGCAAGGGGGCUUUGCGGGCCGGAGCCGGGGGGUUCGGCUACUUGAGGGACUGGAUGUGGUGGUUGGGGUUCCUAACAAUGGGGAUAGGCGAAUUGGCGAAUUUCGCGGCUUAUACGGUGGCGCCGGCGUCGCUUGUGACACCUCUGGGGGCCCUCAGUGUGCUAGUUUCAGCCGUCCUAGCCUCCAAAUUCCUCAAAGAGACUCUAAACACCCUCGGAAAGUUGGGCUGUCUUUUGUGCAUCUUGGGCUCGGUCGUGUUGAUAAUCCACUCCCCGAAGGAACAAGAAGUGGCCUCAGUGGCAGAUUUGGUCUCGAAGCUCCACAACACAUAUUUCCUCAAUUAUGUGAUAAUUGUAGUGUUAGUAACAAUAAUUAUAAUUUUUUACGUGGGGCCCAGGUACGGCUCCCGUCAUGUUAUGGUGUACAUAACCCUUUGUUCGUCAAUCGGGAGCUUGACAGUCAUGGCGUGCAAAGGCCUAGGGCUCUCAAUCGGCGAAAUUGUCUCAAAUCCCAGCGACUUGAGCUACUGGGCCGCCUGUCUGUUUUUCCUAACUGUAGCUGUUUGUAUUUUCGUUCAAAUGAAUUAUUUAAACAAAGCUUUGGAUUUAUUCAACACUAGUGUUGUCACCCCUGUGUAUUAUGUCAUGUUUACUAGUUUAGUGAUUGUGGCUUCUGCGAUUUUGUUCAACGAGUGGGGUAAUAUGCGUCUUGAGGAUAUUCUAGGGAGUAUUUGUGGGUUUUUGACUGUGAUUGUUGCCAUUUUUAUGCUUCAAGGGUACAGGAAAGACAACUGUCAGAAGCAGAGUUUGUUGAGAAAUGGAAAAAGUGAAUAUACCGGCGUUUUUUAUACUUAGGUUCAAAAUGUAUCUACCUCAAAUGUGCUGUGAAUUGUUUUAUUUGCCAUAAAUAAUUUAUUUAUUAUGUUUACAUGGACGGUUUGCGACUUGGUUUAGGGAUAUUUAGUUUUUGACAACCGUAGCCAAGUCGCAAACCGAAAGAUAACUUUAUUAGGUGCACUGUAACCCACUUUAUACACUAGGAAACAACUCUUUUGUAAUAAACGUGACAGUAGA